CAAGACUUUUCCCCAAUGAAGAGAACUCACCUGCUCCUGGUGGGGGUUUAUCUGCUGUCCUUCAGCAGGGCAGAAGAGGGGCUGAACUUCCCCACGUACGAUGGGAAGGACCGAGUGGUCAGCCUUUCCGAGAAGAGCUUCAAGCAGAUGUUGAAGAAGUACGAGGUGCUGUGCCUCUAUUACCACGAGCCGGUGUCGUCAGACAAGGUCGCACAGAAGCAGUUCCAGCUGAAGGAAAUCGUCCUGGAGCUCGUGGCCCAGGUUCUGGAACAUAAAAACAUAGGCUUUGUGAUGGUGGAUGCCAAGAAAGAAGCCAAGCUUGCCAAGAGACUGGGUUUCAAUGAAGAAGGAAGCCUGUAUGUUCUGAAGGGUGAUCGCACGAUUGAGUUUGAUGGGGAGUUCGCUGCGGACGUCCUAGUGGAAUUUCUAUUGGAUCUCAUUGAAGACCCAGUGGAGAUCGUGAACAACAAGCUGGAAGUCCAGGCCUUCGAGCGCAUCGAGGACCAGAUCAAGCUCCUCGGCUUUUUCAAGAAUGAGGACUCCGAAUACUACAAAGCCUUCCAAGAGGCAGCCGAACACUUCCAGCCUUACAUCAAGUUCUUCGCCACCUUUGACAAGGGGGUGGCAAAGAAGUUGUCCUUGAAGAUGAAUGAAGUUGGCUUCUACGAGCCGUUUAUGGAUGAGCCCAGUGUCAUCCCUAACAAACCCUACACAGAAGAGGAGAUUGUGGAGUUUGUGACGGAGCAUCAAAGACCCACCCUACGUCGCUUGCGCCCGGAGGACAUGUUUGAAACCUGGACCACAGGCGAAGAUGACUUGAACGGGAUCCACAUAGUGGCCUUUGCAGAGAGGAGUGACCCAGAUGGCUACGAGUUCCUUGAGAUCCUGAAACAGGUUGCCCGGGACAACACUGACAACCCUGACUUGAGCAUCUUGUGGAUUGACCCAGAUGACUUCCCACUGCUUGUCGCUUACUGGGAGAAGACUUUCAAAAUUGACUUGUUCAAGCCACAGAUCGGGGUGGUUAAUGUAACAGACGCUGACAGCAUCUGGAUGGAGAUCCCAGACGAUGAUGACCUGCCCACAGCCGAGGAGCUGGAAGACUGGAUUGAGGAUGUGCUUUCUGGAAAGAUCAACACCGAAGAUGAUGACGAUGAAGAGGAAGAUGGUGACGGCGAUGACGACGAUGAUGACGAUGACGACGAUGACAAUUCUGAUGAUGAGGAUAACGAUGACAGCGAUGAUGACGACCAUGACGACGAUGACGACUAG